UUAUAUAUUUCAGGCUUAGUUUAUAUUCUUUAGUUUAUAUUCCUUAGUUUAAACUGAUUGGAAAAUAUAAUGUCAGAGCCACCUCCAGAUGUUAUCCCGGUACGAGCAGUCGUUCGGGGACGACCUUUGAUCCCAAAGGAAGUUGAUGAGGGUUGCCAAACUUGCUUGGACUUCUUCAUGGAAGAAAAUCGUGUGAUGGUAAACGGUAGCAAAUCCUUUACCUUUGAUAAUGUAUUUUCGGCAGACGUGAGCCAAGCUGAUGUUUAUGAUAUCGCUGUAAAGCCCCUUACAGAAGGAUUUUUCAAAGGAUUUCAUGCAACUGUUUUAGCAUAUGGACAAACAGGCAGUGGAAAAACAUAUUCUAUGGGAUCUGCACAUUCCGCAACUGCUUCAAUUGAUGAUGUAACUACAGGAAUUAUACCUAGAGUUAUUAAUGAUAUUUUUGACGGAAUUAAUGAUCGUCCAAAUCAUAAUUUCACUGUAAAAGUUUCCUAUCUUGAACUGUACAUGAAAAGUUUGAACGAUUUGCUAUGUUCUCGGACAGAUCGGCAACAAAUUGUAAUUCGCGACGCAGAUGAUGGCGGUACACACAUUAGCGGACUCACUGAACUCGUUGUGGCGAACGUAAAAGAGACAUUUGCUGCAAUGGAUUGCGGGAAUUCGCAUCGUACGACAGCCGCGACUGCAAUGAAUUUAGUGUCAUCUCGUUCGCAUGCAAUUUUUACCAUUCUUCUUGAAAGUGUCAAUAGAGAGGAUGAAAAUGAUAAAGUGUCCUGUAAGUUCCAUCUCGUUGAUCUCGCUGGAUCCGAGCGAGCGAAAAGAACAAAAGCAGAAGGAGAACGCUUACAAGAAGGCAUCAGAAUUAAUGAAGGUCUACUUGCGUUAGGAAACGUCAUCAGUGCUUUGGCGGAUGAAAACCUUCGUUCUGGGCAUAUAAAAUAUAGAGACUCAAAAUUGACUAGGAUUCUACAAGGUUCGUUGGGAGGCAACAGUCAUACUCUAAUGAUCGCUUGUGUGAGCCCUGCAGAUUCAAAUCAUGAAGAAACGAUAAAUACUUUGCGAUAUGCAGAUCGUGUUCGUAAAAUUAAAAAUCGUCCUGUUGUGAAUCGGGAUCCACAGGCUGCUUUAAUUGCGUCGUUGAAAAAGCAGAUACAAAACCUAAAAUUACAGCUUUUGGAACGUGGAUUAGAGUAUCAACCUUUAGGAGCAGAGUCGAUUGCGCCUUCAGAAAGUACCAGUGCCUUGCAACAAAAAAUAAAGAAGUUGUCGAAUGACAAUGACAAACUAACUGAACAAUUACAACAGAGCGUAGAAAAUUACAGUGAAAUGUGUGAGAAAGCCAUCGUGACCGAGAUGUGUUAUGAUAAAAUGAGAGAGCAAUUUUCGGAAAUUACUAAAUCUGCACGCGGAUUACUUGAUGAGUUUCCUGACAUGUAUGUGAUAAAUGAAGAGAAUGAAUCUAUGAAGGAGCGUUACCAGAAACUUCUAUCUCUACAUAAAAUGAUUCUGAAGACUCAUCCUAUGGGGGCAGAAGAAUUAAUGGAGACCGCUUUACAUGGAAAUGACGAAACUCUGGCUCCGAAUGAGGACGGUUCCAUCCAAGGUGACACAGUGUUGGAAGCCACCACAAGUGUAGAUCCUCAAAAUAUGACGCAUGCUAUGACAAGCGAACAUGCCAUGAAAAAGGCUGAUUUAGGAAAGCAGUUACAAGAGUUGUCAAAAGCACUUUCGAUUAAAGAAGAGCUCGCAAAGCGUUUGACGUCAAACGAUGCUCAAAUCAGUGCAAUGAAGGGAGAAUUUGAAGCGAAGCUUCAAUCUUUAGCGAAGGAAAAAGCAAGUUUGGAACUUGCGCUACAACAAGCGCAAAAAACAAAUGAAAGCCGUAAGCUGAGUGAAAAACGAAGACAACGUUUGAAUGAGUUAACAGCUGAAAUUCAGACCCUCAAAAAAGAGAAAAGGGAAAAAGAAAAAUUGGUACGAAUGAAAAACGAAAGUGAUCGCUCAAUCGAAAGACUACACACCGAAAUUCGAGAUAUGAAACGAAACAGAGUCAAUUUGAUGAAACAAAUUAAAGCUGAGAAUGAAAAAUUUAACGCGUGGAAAAAAGAGAAAACAAAGGAAGUCAAACAACUCCAAGAAAAGAACAGGAAGCGUAAUUUCGAAUACGUGAAACUGGAAAGAACGUACGAUAAACAGAAGGCAAUCUUAAGAAGAAAAACGGAAGAAGCAGCCGCGGCCAACAAACGCCUUAAAGAAGCUUUGAGCAGAAGAGAGGCUGCUGCCGCAAAACGUAAAGCUUCAGAAAAGCGGACCAUGGAAACCAUAGGACCAAAAAUAAGAGUGUGGUUGGAUGAGGAAAUUGAAGUUCGUACCAGCAUAAGAGAGGUUGAACAUCAUGAAAAAGUGCUUAUUAACGAUCGUACUGCAUUGGCAAAAGAGUUGAAAGAGUGUACAGAUUCGCCGAAGAAGCGGAGACGAACAUUCGAUGCUGAAACUGAUAUACGAGGCUCAAACAGAAAGCUCGAGAUUCGGCAAGAAAUAGAAUUAAAAAGUGCUCAUAUUCAGAGUUUACAGAAUAAAUUAUCAGAAGCGAAAGAGCAUUUAAACUCAAAUACAAAAUGGGCAAAUAUUGGAACUCUUGUUGAUGCUAAAUAUGCUAUCAAAUAUUUAAUGAAGUUAGCAGUGGAUGCCAAAAUUGAGAACUCUCUACAGAAAGACGAGGCCGCAAAUAUGAAACGGGAACGUGAGGCCGCAGAAGAAAUAGUAAGAGAUCUUCAAAAUCAACUACGACAAACUAUCAACAGACAUGAGAUGGAUAAAACUUUAUUGCAACAAAGCCAUGCGGUUCAGGUUUCAGAUUUGCUCGCAGAAUGCACAUUUUCGAAGUCAAAUAGUUUCCGCGAAACUCCCGAUAACAGCCAAACUGAAAUUUCAAAAUAUCAAAAAGAAAAUAAACUUCUCAAACAAGAACGGAACAUAUUACAUAAAAAGUUAUUGGAGAAACGCCCUUCGUCAACUUCCGCUCCUUCGCCAGGGAAAAACCAAUCAUUUUUUAUGCCGAUCAAGCUUAUUGACAAGUCUGUUGAAGAUAUUUUUGAAGAACAAGAUGAAACCUUUGAACUGGAUGAGGAGGACACAGAUUCAGAAUACGCACCAACUCCCAAGAAAAAAAGGAGAAGAACCGGUGUUGUUUCUGGAUGUAAAUGCUCCAAAUCCAAGUUUCGUUGUAAAAAUUCUUUGUGUGGGUGUGUUAAACGGAACAGCAAAUGCGGAAAGAAUUGCAGUUGUUCAGAUGUCGGAUCAGCGUGCUAUAAUCAAGGAGAAGGAAUGAUAAAUGAUGCCGCAAAUGUAACCUUUGACGUAGAGGCCGAGAAGUCUUCAACUCCUACAUUUCUUUUCCCGAAACUUGAAGGCGGUGAUAAGGAAAAUAACCCCGAUAUCAUUCCAAGAACCCCGUUAUCUGGACUCGAGAACUCCACAAAAUAUAACCCGGUAUAUUUCCAAUCACCUAUAGUUGAUGAACCAUCUGCAGAUUCCCAAACUGAAUAAAAUUCCUAGUUGUCUGCAAUUUGCAAUUCUUAUUGACAUGAACAUCAACUAGUAUUUAUUGUCACAUAAUUCUAUGUUAUAAUUCCUUAUAGUAGAUGUUCCCAACCGAGGGUCACAUAAGCGCAAAACUGAUUCGAUUUUUUACUACAAGAAAACUCCCUGUACUUCCAAGUUUCAUUGCUUGAUAAGGUUAUUUCACAGCGUGUUUUCAUUUUGUUGAGCAUGAAUUGUUGAAACAUAAUGGGAUAAGGGUUCUAACAAUCAAAAUAACGCUAUAAAUACCACUGGAUUGAUAAACAGGGGGGUAAUGAGUGAUAAAAGCCUACAGAAGGAUGCCACGAGCCAUUUAAGAUUAAGGGAACCACUUCCUUAUAGUCUCAUUAUCUCUCCUCAUUCACAUGGUUGCUGGUAAAUGCGCUUAGAUAUCAGACUUCUUAAUUUCUAAAUCUGGUAUUUAUCGCCGCACAAUUCUACAUUAUAUUUCCUUAUAGUUUCUGCAACUCUUGGCACUUUCGUUGUCGCCUAGAACUUAGCUCGGAGACCAUUAAUUUCUGAGCGUGACCUUUAAGAAACCUUCCUUAGAAAUGUUUUUUAUGGCUGAAUUGUUUUUUAUAAGUGAAUUAUGAUUGCAAAAAGUUAAGCUCUAAAUUACAUAUGCCCACAUUGUUAGCAGAAUAAUAUUUUCAAACAAUGCUAUGCUUUUAUUAAGACUUCCCAAAGUAUCCUAACGUGUCAACCAAAAUUGUGGCGU